UGUCAGCGCGGCGCUAAUUACCCGCAGCAACUAACAGUCCGAGCGCACAAGUUGUGGAGAGUCCGGCACUUCCAUGGAUCGCCUGGCACUGGGCACCGGAGGACGGUGACCGCGCUGCCCCCGCAAUCACUGCCCGCACUCCCCGCUCCGGGCACCAUGUUCCAGCCCGCUCCGAAGAGGUGCUUCACCAUCGAGUCCCUGGUGGCCAAGGACAGUCCCCACCCGGCCUCCCGCUCCGAGGAGCCCAUCAGACCCGCUGCCCUCAGCUAUGCCAACUCCAGCCCCAUCAACCCCUUCCUCAACGGCUUCCACUCCACGGGCAGGGGCGUCUACUCCAACCCGGACUUGGUGUUCGCAGAGACUGUGUCCCACCCGCCCAACCCGGCGGUGCCCGUGCACCCGGUGCCCCCUCCUCACGCGCUGGCAGCGCACCCCCUGCCCACCUCCCACUCCCCGCACCCGCUUUUCUCUUCUCAACAAAGGGACCCCUCCACCUUCUACCCCUGGCUCAUCCACCGCUACAGAUAUCUGGGGCAUCGCUUCCAAGGUAAUGACACAAGUGCUGAGAGUUUCCUAUUGCACAAUGCUCUGGCGCGGAAACCCAAGCGGAUCCGAACCGCGUUCUCCCCGUCCCAGUUGCUGCGGCUGGAGCACGCCUUCGAGAAGAACCACUAUGUGGUGGGCGCAGAGAGGAAGCAACUGGCGCACAGCCUGAGCCUCACGGAGACCCAGGUAAAAGUUUGGUUCCAGAACCGGAGAACGAAGUUUAAGCGGCAGAAGCUGGAGGAGGAGGGGUCGGACUCUUCCCAGAAGAAGAAGGGCACCCACCACAUCAACCGCUGGAGGAUCGCCACCAAGCAGGCCAGCCCCGAGGAGAUCGACGUCACAUCGGACGAUUAAAAUGACAAAACAAAAAACCGCAGCGACAAAUGAGCACUUUUGUGGAUGGAGACUUUUUUGUAUCCAGGCCUCAGACAGCACGACCCCAACCUCGGGAUUAUCUAUUGUACAGGACUCGGAGGGCCCCCCGGGAGACACACGCAGAUCGGCAUGGAGAUUUUUAUCGGCCGAUAUUGUGGAGUAGAUGUGUGGAUCCGGCGGUGGGUGCUGCCGCCCGGGCCCGGGAGCCGCCGGAGGGACGUGAAAAAACAAACCAAACAAGCCGCAGCGCCUGGCAGCAGCGGUUUCUGGCAGCAGCGGUUUCUGGCAGCAGCGGUUCCUGGCAGCAGCGGUUUCUGGCAGCAGUGGUUUGGCCGCUGUAGUUGCGGAUUGUACAGACGUCUGUGUGUUGUGGUGACUUGUAGGAUUCUCUCGAUACUUCCGAGAAGUAUGAUGAUGAUGAUGAUGAUGAUGACCUUGUCAAUAUUUUGUCAAUAAAGAGUUCUUAUUAUCCAGAUUGGGCCGCGCAGUCAGUGACCGAUGUGUGCGGCCGGGUCAGAGCCGC